AUGGCAACCGCUGAACCGGCCGCCCCUCCUGCUGCCUCCCCCAAGACGGCCAAGCCCGGCGCUGACCCUGCCGCUGCUGCUGCGUCGCAAGAUGGCGCCCUCACCGUGGCCGCCCUCGCCAACAAGUACCGCGCCGAAUUCGAGCAGACGUUCGAGGCCCUCCGCGCCCGCGCCCUCAAGCUCCAAGCCGACGCCCCGCAGCUCAUCCAGGAGACCCAGGCCAACGUCGAGCCGUACAAGCAGGACUUCAUCACCACCGUGCAGGCCACUGGCGACGUCACCACCCCGCCCGGCGUCAUCCUCUCCACGCUCUCCUGGGCCACCGUGCUCGUGCUCUUCUCCACCGUGGCCUCGUUCGCCUCCGGCUACCUCUUCGCCCCGAUCCUCGGCCUCGCCAUCGGAGGAGCCGGCGCCCUCGUGCUCGCCCUCGGCGCCCUUCCGGCGUACAGCUACUACACCCUCAACCAGGACAUUGCCGCCAGCGCCUCCGACGUGACGAUCCGCUUCCGCCUUCUCGCGGCCGCCGUCAUCCAGGGGCUGCUCGUCGGCUUCAUCCUGCAGAACUCGUACCUCUCCGGGGCCCCGAUCGCCUCCCUCAUCCUCGGCGUCGCCGCCGCCGCCUACCCGUUCGCCGCCGAGAAGUUUGGCGGAAAUCGCCAGAUGCUGCUCGGUGCCUCGGUCGGCUCGGCCGUGGGUGUGACGCUGGUGCUCGGUCUCCUCUCCGGCUACCUGACGCUGCCCUACCUGCUCCUUUCGGCCCUGUAUGGUGGUGUGACGGCCGUCACGCUCCAGUACAUGUACAAAAACGUCACCGCGGAGACGAAACAAGUCGAGCUGGUGGCCCGUAUACGGACGUGCAAGGAUUUCUACGAGAUUCUCCAGGUCGACAAGAACGCCAGUGAAGAUGAUAUCAAGAGAGCUUACAAAAAACUCGCUCUCCAACUCCACCCUGACAAAUGCCGGGCUCCUCAUUCCACUGAAGCUUUCUCGGCCCUCGGCAGCGCCUAUGAUGUGCUCUCGAACGAGGAGAAACGCCACCGCUACGAUAUGUACGGCAAUGAAGAGGCUGCCCCGGCUAGACAACGUCAGCACCACCAUCAUCGCCAUGGAGAUGGCUAUUUCCAAUAUGAUUACUCGCACGGGUUCCAAUCCGAUUUCACCCCGGAGGAGAUUUUCAACAUGUUCUUUGGCGGCGUGUUCCCGGAUGAGGUGGUGCGCCGUCAGCGAAACCAGCAGUUUCGCCGUCAUUUUCGCCCACGCCCAGAGGAAGAGGAGGAGGAAGGUGUUGAGGCCGAAAACGGUGGCGGUCGCUACAUGCUGAUCAUCAUCCUUGUCGCCAUUUUCAUGAGCUACAUCACACCGUUCUUGAACUCGCUGUCUGCACCACCGUUCUCGUUAAGACAAAACAGUGACUACCCGAUCCGCCGUGACACCGCCAACCUCCGAGUGCCCUACUUUGUCCAGCGCGACUUCAUGGAGCACUACAGCACCGAGAUUCGAAAGAUUGACAAGAAGGUCGAAGAGGACUACACGUACCAGCUGCGAGUCGAGUGCUACAAAGAGCAACAGCAAAAAGAGAACAUGAUCUACCGUGCUCGGCUCUUCGGCGACGCCGAGCUGUUGAAGCGUGGCCAGCAGUACAACAUGCCGUCAUGUCGAAAGUUGGAAGAGCUCUACGCAGCCGGC